AUGGCAACAGUUUUCCAAAAUGGUGUUAGAUUCCGUUGUCUAGGAGUAAGACAAUCUCCUCUUGAAAAGAAAUCAGUUAUUGGUUUGAGUUGGUUAAGAAACAAUUAUAUAAUCUUUGAUAAAGAACAUAAUAGAAUCGGUAUUGGAACAAAGAGUGCUACUUAUCCAGAACAAGAUCUAUUCAAACCAACAGAUCAAUCACCAUCGGUUUCAUUGGUUGAUGCUAAACCAACCACCAAUCAACCAAAACAACAACAACCACCAGAGGUAAAGGACUGCGGUGUUCAUGUUAGUCAUUCUAUGAUUGCCACAAGCAAGAUGGAUAAUGAACAAGUUAGUCAUUGGAUAUUCACCAUUAGCAACAAAAAGGAUACCCCUUUGAAUAAUCUAAAGAUGGUUUGGUCAAAUAACUUGGUGUCUCUAGAGAUUGGAUACAACUUUGUCACACACGAGUUACAACCCCCCAUGGAUAUCCCAGCCAAGACUGACUUUUCAUUCCACUAUAUUGCACGUGGCAUGGAUCCCAUUUUUGUCGGCUUCCCAGACUUGAUGGAGUGUAAUGAGUACAACUAUGACGUCUCAAUCACUCGCUCUGUCAAUAUCCAAGCAGAAGAGAAAGAACAAUCAAAGGUUUUACAAUCCAUCCACAGAAAUAACACCGAAGGUAUUGAAUACUCUGGUCCUGCUCAAAAACCAGUUUCAAAAGAAAUUGAACAAUCUAGACAAGAGUUCUCCUCUCUUGAUGUUCCAUGCUCACUUAAAUACAACCAACAUAAAGGAUAUCAAUGGAGAGAUUCGGAUGGUGGUACAGUGACAUGGUAUGAAGUAGAUAUUGUCAACCAAUCAAAUUCAACAUUUGUAACUUCGUUGAUUGUUUCAACCUUGGACAGUAUCGUCAAUGUAAUUGGAAUGGACAUGGAAGUCACCCCCGAAAAGUCAACUAUUCUAUCACUCCCUAAAAAUGUAACUAUCAUUCCCCACGAAGACUAUAGAUGGGUUUAUGCUACUAGACAAACAUCCAGUGUGUCAUAUAGCCUUGUCCAUCCAGUAGUUUGUAAUACAGCAUAA